AAUUUGUCUUAAAGUAGGUUCUUUGCUUGUUCGUAACCUUUACUUAUCGAUAAUCAGAAAAGUAGUCGACUGUCUAGAGUCCUCUUUUUAAAAAAUAAACCCCUAUACAAACGUCAACAUGCCACCUACCGUAUACAGCCUAAAUAACUCACCCAUCACAGCUCAUUCAUUUAACAAAGACCAAUUGGUUGUUUGCCAAAAUACAAAUGACGCCAAAAUUUAUCAAUAUGGUCAAGCUAACUCGAAAUUAGAAGCCACUUUGAAGGGUCACGAUAAAGUCAUCACCAGUAUUGACUUUGCUCCCAAUACCAACCGUAUUGUGACUUGUUCACAAGAUAGAAAUGCUUAUGUUUGGACAAAUGAAGACGGUGUCUGGAAGCCAGGACUUGUUUUACUGCGUAUCAACCGUGCUGCUACAUACGUUCGUUGGUCACCCAACGAAGAAAAGUUUGCUGUAGCCAGUGGUGCACGUUGUAUUUCUGUCUGUUAUUUCGAGGAAGAUAAUGACUGGUGGGCCAGUAAACAUUUGAAAAAGCCUAUUCGUAGUACUGUACUAUCACUCGACUGGCAUCCCAACAAUGUUUUGUUGGCUGCAGGUUCUGCUGAUAUGAAAGCUCGUGUAUUCUCUUCUUUCAUCAAGGGCCUUGAUAAAAAGCCCGCACCCACUAACUGGGGAGACAAGUUGCCCUUCAAUACUGUUUGCGGUGAAUUCAGCACUGGUCGCGGCGGUUGGGUUCACGCCGUUGCUUUCUCACCCUCUGGUGAUGCGCUAGCUUUUGCUGGCCACGACUCCUCAAUCAAUGUCGUUUACUCUCAAGCUGAUGGUAACCACACUAUGGUUUCAAUCACCAGUAACACCCUUCCUUUCCGCUCUCUUAUUUGGACGAAUGAACAACAAAUUGUUGCAGCUGGUUUUGAUUGUGCGCCUAUUCUUUAUGAAACUAAGGAUGGUCAAAACUGGCACUAUGCUGGAUCUUUAGAUGUUGGUCAAAAGAAGGUUUCUCAAGCUGCAUCUGUAUUGGCUCGUUUCAAAACUAUGGAUUCUCGUGGUGAAACUGAAAACGAUACCAAAUUGAACACAGUUCAUCAAAAUACUAUCAAUGAAAUUCGUGUAUACGCUGGUGAGCGUAAUAAUGUGUCUCAAUUCUCCACAUGUGGUGCAGAUGGGAAGGUCGUUAUUUGGGAUUUCGACCCUACUAAUCUUGUUGCUGAUCUUGCUAGUCUUAGAAUUUAAAGAUAAACUGUACUUUUGUAACG